AUGCUCCUGCAGGAGAAACACCAGGAGGAGGAGAAGGAGGAGGAGGAGCUGGUGUCUUCACCGUCCUCUCUCAGAGGUUUAAAGUACAGCCCGACCCAUAUGGAUUUUUUGGGGCCGAUAUUGAUUAUUGGGGGGGGGGGGUCCAAUUACCGAUUAAUCGGCCAGUUUUUAACAUUUUUUAUGAAGUUAUAAAAAAUAUAAAUAUGUACAGUAGAUAUCUACAAUAUACUACACUGUAGAUAUCCUGUAGGCUACUGCUCUUCACGCCGACAGGAAGACCGACUGAUCGGUGUCUCCUCGUCUUAACUCUCGUUCCUCAUUUCCGGUCCGGUCUGAUCUGCAGACAUGCAGCUGCCUCAGUCAGAGAAGUAUCUCGAUCACUAAUGUGUUCUGUUGUUUAUUCUACCGUUACUGACACGGCUAACAGUGUAGCAAGGCUAACAGCAGGUGGCUAACUCUAACUUUAGCUUCAUAUCCCAUGGUGCUUCAGCGUUAAGUGGGCGUGACCGAGACCAGCACAGUGGGGAACAUGGUGAAGUGGGUUGAAGUGAAACUUGUUGACUUAUUGUGUUUUUCACAAACUGGUUUAUUUCCCGUUGAGGAGGACCACUCUCCUCCGUGUCCCUGAGCUGCUGCUUCAGAUCCGUCACUCUGCUGUGCUGUGAGGGAGUUAGUGGAGGAAGAUCGGCAUGAGGUCGCUGUAGCGCCAUCUACAGGAUAAGUCAGGGAACUUUUUAAAUGGUGGAACAUUUUUGAAGUGAAAUCGAAUCUUAUUCUCCGCAUUUUAUUUCUGAAAAUAUCGGCGAGUUUUGGCCGAUUACCGAUUAGUCUCAAACGGGCUAAAAUUGGCUGAUUUCGUCUUUUUGCCGAUAAAUCGGUCGAACUUUAGUUUAAAGUCAAAUCUAAACUAAGUAUUUUUUUUACAUGCUGUGACCGCUCUGAUAGACGUGUUGUGAAGACUUAACGAUCCGAUUUCAAGCUAACGAAACAGUUUGUUUAUUUUAACGUAGAGAAAGUCGGUGUAUAAAUGAGACUCUGAACUAAAGUGUCCUGGACUGUAAAAAAGUCUCACUGUGAAGUAAAAUGUCAGAAUCCAACUACCAGGUCUGCAGAGUCCUGCUGACCUGUACGACACACAUCUUCACAUCAGAACUCUAAAGAGUAAAAGCAGCAGAGUGGAGGAGCUGAAACCGUCUGACCUGACCAUAAAAACCAACUCUGAGCUCAGUUUGGGUGUUUUCCUCGACGAGCUUCAGUCUUUAAAUGACGAGAGUUUAAACCUGCUGAAUCCAUCAAACUGAAGGUGGAGGUCUGGAUAUAAACUCUAAUAUUACACUAUGAUCAUACUGCUGCAUGUUUAGUGUUUGUAAUGUUUGCACUUCUCCAGUUCAUCUUUGAAUUCUUCCAUUUCUGAUCCUGUUCUCUUAUUUUCUUAUUUUACUCUGAAUGUUUUUGUCUUCAUGUCUCCUACACGAUCAGAUCCUUGUUGUCCAAUCACAGCAGCACAGAGCUUUAAUAACAGAUGAUCUGCUGCAGACUUUAAAGACUGAAUCUUUACGUUGAGAUUCGACUCGUGUGUCUGUUUGGAUGUUUGAGAGACGUAUUUAACAUGUCUGAUCACACUGAUCCAGAUUCUGUCCUGGUAGAAAGCGCUUCGAUAAAUCUCCUGAUCCAGAGUCUGAUCCAGAGUCUGAUCCAGAGUCUGAUCCAGACUGUUGCAAAACCUGGAAAAAUAAACUCUUCAGGUUUUCAGGUUUUGGGAGAAUUAGUAAUUUGCACAUGAGUGUAAAUAACAAAGAGAGGCUUUGUUUGUGUGUGUCUGCUCUGAGUGUGUCGGUGAGUUUACAGCUGAGGGUGAAGAGCUCGGGUUCGAGAGCAGAUCUCUGUCACCGAGGUGAGAGACUCAGACUGACGGAGGAUUUCAGAAACACAAUUUCACCUCUUUAACUCUGAUCUUUGUUUAUUUGAUGAUAUGAGGAGUUUUCCAAACACACACACACACACACACACACACACACACACACACUCCUUUUCCACCGUGCUGCUCCGUCACUCUGAUAUUGAUCAUUUCAGUCUUAAACUGGACGUUUUCUUCAAUCUAAUUUUUUCUUUCUUUGAGAUUUUUUUGGACAUUUCUCUGUCUCGUCGUCGUCGUCGUCGUUUGUGAGGUUUCCUGACAUUUUUCUGCAGCAGGAGUGAAUUAAUCCUCCAAACACUGAUGUCCUUCUUUUCUGGAUUGUUUGUCUGGAUUAUUAUUUCUCAGCGUUUGUGAUUCAGUCAUGAAUCGAUCAGCUGUGAGGAACAAAAACAAGCUGAAGGACGAUGAACCGAGGGCAGACAGGGGGAAGACUGAGACAUUUCUCUGCAGUGAAAACUGAGGAAACACUUUUUAGAAAAAGGAGGUUUCGUCCACCGAACAGAGAAACGAGGAAUCCUGCAGGUUUUUAUCUGCUGAACGUGUUUUUGUGUUUUCAGACAUGAACCCUUUAGAGACCCUGAUACCUGUUGCCACAUCACUGCUCUCCCUCACCACAACCACAACCUCCCAGUCUAGCCUCCCAGUUCCCCCAGUACGGCGUCGUGCUCGGUCCCAGUGUCAGAGACGUGCUCUGAAACUCAAAGCUGCGGCUCUUUUGUCCCACAAAAUCUGCACAUAUUGUUGGAGCUCUGUGGGGGCCAAACAGGCUCCCUGUGCCAAAACCAGACAGACUAACCCCCCCUUUACACACACACACACACACACACACACACACACACACACACACACACACUGAUUUCCUCCUAAAGGAGCCUGAAAACCUCUCAAAGUGGAAGAAACUCUGAUAUUUUCCUGGUUUUGAUCAGAUUUAACUGUUUUUUGUUUUGACCUGAUUUCUCUUUAACUCUUUAAAUUCUGCAGAUUUUCUCCUUUUUUAUAUUUAAAUAUUUAUUUAUAAUUUCUGUCAGGGUCCAAACUCUGCUCCUGCUCCAGACCCAUGUCCCGGUUCUGCUCCUUUUCUCCCUGCACCUCUCCUCUCUCUCCUCUCUCUCUCAGCCUCUCCUCUUCCUCCUUUAUCUGCUGCCAUUUUGCAUUUCAUUUCGCUCGCGCACAUUGCAUCAGAGCAGCACGAGGCUCGGACCCGCACCCGCACACACCUUCUGUCCGGACUCACCUGUGAGUGUGUCCCUCCCCCGUGUCCGGCCGGGCUGCUCUGCGGUCAUCCCCGGAGGAGAAGAAGGAGAAGGAGAAGAAGGAGGAGGAGGAGGAGGAGGUUGUUUUUUGUUGUCGCAGCUCUCCCAGAAACACCUUCGGCCUGUUUGUAG